GGUCAACUUAAGUGGAAGCUUCCCAGCCCUCUACCCAGAUUCAGAAGCAAUUGAACGCGCGCAUCACAUAAAAAACUGCCACAAUGUCGCGCAGGGAUCCCCAGUUCAACCAACAAAAUCUCUACGACCCCACGCCUAUGCCCGAUGGCAUCCCCAAGGUAGCUGAGAUUGGAGCGACCUCUGCGCCGCUAACCAGCGCCGCUUACUUCAUUGGAGACCGGUGCAAGGCAUUCAACGAUGAUUAUAUGAAGUGCAAGGAAGAGGCCAAUGGGCGGGGGGAGAUUGAGUGCUUGAGAGAGGGGAGGAAGGUUACCCGCUGUGCGGCCAGUGUAAUCAAGGAUAUCAACACCCACUGCUUAAAGCAGUUCAACACCCACUGGGAGUGUCUCGAGAAUAACAACCACCGGUUGUGGGAGUGCCGCAAGCAGGAGAUGGACUUGAAUAAGUGUGUCUUCGAUAAGUUGGGCCUCAAGAAGACCAUCCCCGGCGCCCCCGAAAACCAGACCCCGGUGCACCUCCGACCCAAGCAGCUGUACGCUUCAUUCCCCGGUCCGCAAUACUAACCAACCAACAACUACAAAUGAACGUCUUAUUAUACAUCUUUUAGAGAAAACGAAUGCAGUGCCAAUGGUUGUUGGGGAUCUCUCUCUCCUGUGUCUUUAGUUUUCGUUCUCAGUGUCGCCAUGGUCUGGAUUUGAUUGGGAUGUAUUUGUGUACAUAUUAGCAUCAGGAAUGUCGUUAUUUCAUGUCCGAGAAUCUAUGCCAGACGGCAUGUGGACAGCACAGUGCGGUGCCAUAAGAAGAAUCCAGGGCUUGGAUCUAUGCUAGAAUACAAGAGUGUGCCUCUAACCAACACCGCUGACAUAUGAAAAGUAAAAUGAGAGUAAGCGACCCCUGGCAAGCAGGAAAUGCAUCAGGCAACGUAUGCAACUCUAUAGAAUUAUCCAGGAAGCUCAAACGUGUAAGGGAAUCAAGGAGAAGAGGAAAGAAAGCCCUCUAUCUAGUCAAUAUGUACCAGAAUAGAAAGCACUAUCGUGCAUAGAACUCGUGAAGAACAAACGAAACCAAACCAGAUGGGAGUAAAAGUAAAAGAUGAAUAAGAAUCAAGAAAAUAUAUAUACCUUCCUCAAGUCCCGCAAAGCUUUCAGUCCUGCUAACCGCGCCUUCACAACCGACCACCCAGCCUUAAGCUGCUCCUCGAGCCGUCGAUCCUGGCGCAGCCGCAUCCAGAUCAAUAACAUGCCGAGGAGGGCCAGAUCCCAGAUAAUCUGUCGGAGGGUGACCCAUACCAGCCAC